AUGGUGGACCUGCUGGGGGCGCCGGGGACGCGCUGGGGGCUCGGCACCCGCCUUGCGCAGGCCGUCUUCGCGGCCGCCGCCGUCGCCUCCAUGGCCUCCACCGACGACUUCCGCGUCGUCACCGCCUUCAGCCUCCUCAUCGCAGCAGCAAGCCUGCAAUGCCUGUGGAGCCUUGCUCUGGGCGCUGUGGACAUCUACGCACUUCUUGUCAAGCGUGCCUUCCGGUCUCCUCGAGCUACCACCAUGUACUCCAUCGGGGACUGGGUCCAGGUGCGCCGACGUUCGCUGCAGCAAGUGGAUCGGCAGGCAUCACCAUUCUCCUCAACGACGACCUGA